AUGGCAGGCUUUGCUCUCGCUUCUUCGAAGUCUCGAUGGGCUUAUCUACUCUCUCUUUCCCGCUACCCCACGAGAAAUCUCUUCACCUCUAUCGGCCCCAAUACACAAAUUCUCCGCCCUCACAAACCUUUCUCGCUUUCCAACCUCAACUUCCCGUUCCUCUUUCGCUCUUUCUCAGCUAAUCCCAUAAUGGGCGAUCGAAUCGUCCAAGAACUUCUUGCUGAAGUGGAGAGGGAGAAGCAGAUCGAGAGGGAGGAGCGGAGAAAGAAGGGAUUGGAGCCUUUGGACGAUGAAAAUGAGGAUUACAUGGGGGUCGGUCCGCUCAUAGAAAAGCUGGAGAGAAGGAAGACCAAGGAGCUCGAAAACAUCGAACAGUUUUGGGAGCCCACUGAUUCCGACAGCGACGAGGACGAUGAACGUUAUUCCCCGGAGGAGCUACAGAAGAACGCAGAUAUAUUCGAAAAGAAGUGCAAGCGGCACGCUGAGCUGCUCAAGAAUUUCGCCGAAGCUGAAACGCUUGAUGAUGCACAUAAGUGGAUGACUAAAAUCGACAAAUUCGAAGAGAGAUAUUUGAAAUUGCCAUUGGAAUAUAGGGUUAUAGGUGAUAUGAUGAACCGUUUGAAGGUAUCUACUGGAAAGGAAAGAUUCAUGCUCCUUCAGAAGCUAAAUCGGGCUGUGAAGUUGAUGGAAAUCAAGGAAGCCUAUGACCCAAACAAUCCUGCAAACUUUGGACUGAUAAAACACCAGCAAGUCGGGUCACCCGAUGAUGUUGUUGAUAGUGCUGGCUUUGAGAAAGAGAGACAAGUGUUUCAAGGUACUGGUCUGGAUGAAGAUGAAAAAGAUUUUAGUGAAUCAAAGGAGCAGGAUGAUGCUUAUACGGAGAAACUUAACAUCAUUGAGAAGAAACUUGAAGAGAAGUUGGCACAGCUUGACCAUUCCUUUGGUAAGAAGGGUAGAGUUUUGGAAGAGGAAAUUAGAGAGCUGGUUGAGGAGAGAAAUGCUUUAACUGAGAAGAAAAGAAGACCUCUCUAUCGGAAGGGUUUUGAUGUAAAGGUAAUUGAUGUCAAUCGGACAUGUAAAGUCACUAAGGGUGGUCAAAUAGUGAAGUAUACGGCACUGUUAGCCACAGGGAACUUCCAUGGGGUUAUUGGUUUUGCCAAGGCUAAAGGUCCUACGGCUAAAAUUGCCAUUCAAAAGGCAUACGAGAAAUGUUUCCAGAAUCUUCAUUAUGUAGAGCGAUAUGAGGAACAUACUAUUGCUCAUGCAAUUCAGUCCAAGUAUGAGAAAACGAAGCUAUACCUCUGGCCCGGUCCAAGGAGAAGUGGCAUGUCAGCAGCCGUCAAAACGGUUGAAACCGUCUUGUAUUUGGCAGGUUUUUGCAAUGUGAAGUCUAAGAUCAUUGGCUCAAGAAAUCCGCUGAAUGUCAUAAAGGCUCUUUUUAUCGCACUAAAUGCUAUUGAAACUCCAAAGGAUAUUCAGCAGAAAUUUGGAAGAACUGUUGUGGAGACAUAUUUGCUAUAGUGCGAAACAAUUAAUAUUUCUAUUAAUGGAUACCUCAACGUUUUUGCAUGAUGUUAAUAAAUCAGAAUUAUGACACUCGAGGAUUUUUUCAAAGUGCACGGAGGGGAGGAGCUAAACAAACGGAUGGAGACAAAGAAGUGAGGAAUGCAGCAUUCCUUUUUAAAAGCUUGAUA